CAGGCCACAGGGUGCGCGUGCGCAGAGCUUGUUCGGAGGGCUUUAUUUAGGCUGCGCAGGCGCCCGCUAAUCAUUUCUCCUCAGCCACGCCGAGGGUUUGUGUGGAGUCUGUUUCGACGCCAGGACCCCCGAAGAGACGAUGAUGCUGGGCGCGGAAGGUGGAGAGGGCUUCGUGGUGAAGGUCCGGGGCUUGCCCUGGUCCUGCUCCGCGGACGAGGUGCAGCGCUUUUUUUCCGACUGCAAAAUUCAAAAUGGGGCCCAAGGUAUUCGUUUCAUCUACACCAGAGAAGGCAGACCGAGUGGAGAGGCUUUUGUUGAACUUGAAUCAGAAGAUGAAGUCAAAUUGGCCUUGAAAAAAGACAGAGAAACUAUGGGACACAGAUAUGUUGAAGUAUUCAAGUCAAACAACGUUGAAAUGGAUUGGGUGUUGAAGCAUACUGGUCCAAAUAGUCCUGACACGGCCAAUGAUGGCUUUGUACGGCUUAGAGGACUCCCUUUUGGAUGUAGCAAGGAAGAAAUUGUUCAGUUUUUCUCAGGGUUGGAAAUCGUGCCAAAUGGGAUAACAUUGCCGGUGGACUUCCAGGGGAGGAGUACGGGGGAGGCCUUCGUGCAGUUUGCUUCACAGGAAAUAGCUGAAAAGGCUCUAAAGAAACACAAGGAAAGAAUAGGGCACAGGUAUAUUGAAAUAUUUAAGAGCAGUCGAGCUGAAGUUAGAACUCAUUAUGAUCCACCACGAAAACUUAUGGCCAUGCAGCGACCAGGUCCCUAUGACAGACCUGGGGCUGGCAGAGGGUAUAACAGCAUUGGCAGAGGAGCUGGUUUUGAGAGGAUGAGGCGUGGUGCUUAUGGUGGAGGCUACGGAGGCUAUGAUGAUUAUAAUGGCUAUAAUGAUGGCUAUGGAUUUGGUUCGGAUAGAUUUGGAAGAGACCUCAAUUAUUGUUUUUCAGGAAUGUCUGACCACAGAUACGGGGAUGGUGGCUCUACUUUCCAGAGUACAACGGGACACUGUGUACACAUGCGGGGAUUACCAUACAGAGCUACUGAGAAUGACAUUUAUAAUUUUUUUUCACCACUCAAUCCUGUGAGAGUACAUAUUGAGAUUGGACCUGAUGGCAGAGUAACUGGUGAAGCAGAUGUCGAGUUUGCGACCCAUGAAGAUGCUGUUGCAGCUAUGUCAAAAGAUAAAGCAAAUAUGCAACACAGAUAUGUAGAACUCUUCUUGAAUUCUACAGCAGGAGCAAGCGGUGGUGCUUAUGGUAGCCAAAUGAUGGGAGGCAUGGGCUUGUCAAACCAGUCCAGUUACGGUGGCCCAGCCAGCCAGCAGCUGAGUGGUGGUUAUGGAGGUGGCUACGGCGGCCAGAGCAGCAUGAGUGGAUAUGACCAAGUUUUACAGGAAAACUCCAGUGAUUUUCAAUCAAACAUUGCAUAGGUAGCCAAGGAGCAGUGAACAGCAGCUACUACAGUAGCGGAAGCCGUGCAUCUAUGGGCGUGAAUGGAAUGGGAGGGAUGUCUAGCAUGUCCAGUAUGAGUGGUGGAUGGGGAAUGUAAUUGAUUUUGAUCACUGACUCUUGGUCAUUUUUUUUUUUUUUUAAACUUCAGUUUAACAGUUUUGCAAUCUAGCCUUGUGAUUGAUGCUUCCUCUUAAGUGAACAUUGGCAUCACUCAAAGGACUACAGUUCAAUGUUGAACAUAGUCACCUAGGAUGAUACAGUGAAGUUGAGUGAACUGUAACUGUUAAACAAUUCCCAGCUUUUCUCUAGUUACUGUAGGAUGUACGUAAGCAGUAAGCGUAUUUAGGUUAAAGCAGUUGAAUUAUGUUAAAUGUUGCUCUUAUACAUACAUUACAUUGAACACUGUUGGUGCAUGUUGAAAAGACAUGCUUUUUUGUAAAACUCAAUAUAGGAGCUGCGUCUACAAUUAAAGUGAAACAUUUGGCAUGUUUGUUCUAAUUUCAUUUGAUAAACCUGUAAGGCACGUGAGUUUAAAGCUUUCCCCCCCUUUUUUUUUAAGUUAAUGGAGUAAUUUUGAGACGCAAUAUCAUUUACUUUAGGAUUUUUGGUCUUGGUGUUUGUAUGAAAUUCUGAGGCCUUGAUUUAAGUCUUUCAUUGUAUUGUGAUUUCCUUUUAGGUGUAUUGCGCUAAGUGAACCUUGUCAAAUAAAUCUUCCUUUUAAAAGCUA